AUGGCUGCGUUCUCGCCGUCCGCGUCGGCCGCGGUCCCCUUGGUUGUCUCCCCCCGCGCAACAACAAGCCGCCCCCCCAGCUACAGCCCCCGCGCCGGCGGUGGCGGGGCCGUGCCCCUCUCGAAGACGGCCCCUUCGGAACUGCCGGUGCUUGGCGAAGGCGGCGGCGGUAGCGGAAGUUUACAGGUGACGAUCGAAGGGGAGGACGAAGGGGGAGCAGAUGAAGAGAGGUCAGUCGAUGCUACUCCGGUGCCGUCGCCGCCGGCCUUGUCGCCGCUGCCGCUGUCUGGCCCGCUUCCGUUCUCUAGCACGUGGAGCGGCGGCGCGCAGAGAGCGAAGCACGCCCUCCAACGGGGCUACUCGCUCGGAGGGGCAGACGGGGGCUUCAGAGCGACCGCGGCGGGGGGAUUCGAGGACGAGGGGCCUGGCAGAGACAGGGGGAGCUUUCGGUUCGACAGCGCACAGGUGGAGGCCAUGCAGGCGUUCGACACCAAGAGGCGCGUGCAGGGCGAGAUCGAGGCCGGCAUCGUCAAGUUCAACUUGAAGCCCAAAGACGGCUUGGCCUACCUCCACUCGAAAGGCCACUUGGACAGCAAGGACCCCGCGUCUGUGGCGGCGUUCCUGCGGGCCCAGGCCGAUCGCCUCGACAAAACGGAGGUCGGGGAGUUCAUGGGCAGAGGCGCGGACUAUCUGGGCGGCUUUUGCGUCAAGGUGCUGCACGCUUACGUCGACGGGAUCGACUUCACGGACAUGGAGUUCGACGAAGCGAUUCGCCAUUUUCUCAGCGGGUUCCGGCUGCCGGGGGAAGCUCAGAAGAUCGACCGCAUGAUGGAGAAAUUCGCCGAGCGGUUCUGCCUACAGAACGCGUCGGUUUUCCCGAACCCCGACACAGCGUUCAUUCUUGCUUUCAGCAUCGUCAUGCUCAACACCGACCUUCACAAUCCAAGCAUCCCGGACGCCAAGCGGAUGACUAAAGAGGGCUUCAUUCGCAACAACAGAGGCAUCGACCAGGGCAAGUCACUCCCGGACGAGUUCCUCGGCGGUGUGUUCGACCGCAUCGAACGCUCUCCGAUCUCCCUCAAGGAGGACGACCAACUCCGACGUAAGGCGGAGGGAGGAGGGUCGUCCGCGACCACAAGCCUGCAGGAGCUUCUGCCCUUCGCGGCCUCGGCGCAGAGCUUGAGGAAACUUGCCGAGCACGAUCGCGAACGGCAGGAGAUGCUCACGUCCUCUCGAGCGCUGCUAACGAGACAGAGGGGCCACAGCUCGUCAAUCCAGAACAGCUACACGCACCUUUCCAUGGAGGGCGGGGGGGAAGGGGACGGCGCGUGGAUGUCCCAGGACAUCGCGGAGCACGUGCGGCUCAUGCACGAGAUCACCUGGGGUCCGCUCGUGUCCGUCUUCAGCGAGGUGUUGGAAGCCUCGGAGAGCCCUGAGCUGAUCGAACUGUGCCUGGAGGGGGUCAAGAAAGCAGUGAGAAUAGCCGGAGGACUAGACGUGCCCGUCGCCCGCGAGACGCUGCUUAACGCGCUGGUCCGCUUCACCCUCCUAGACGCAUCUCGUCACAUGAAGGACAAGAACGUCCGUUGCGCGAAGGUGCUGCUGUCGCUGGCGUUGACGGAGGGCAACCUUCUGAAGGAGAGCUGGGGGUUGGUGCUGCGCUGCAUCUCUCAGCUCGCGAGGCUCCAAAACACCGCGAGCAGGCUUCAGCAGGACGACACUCUGUUCGGGGUGACCGCCGCGGCAUCCAGCAACAGCAGUAGCGUCAAGGUCAGCAACAGCAAGAAGCAGUACAAGGCCGCCUCGGCGGCAGCCGCCGCCGCCGCCGCGAAGGCGAAGCGAGCGAGGAGGGCGACAACCAUGACGGCCACCGCUCCGUCACCGCGGGCCCUCCAGGGCGGCAUCGGCGUCGGCGACGUCGCCGCGAAGGCGGGGGAGAAGGACGGUGCGGAGGCGGACGGCAAAGGUGGAGACGCGGAUGCUAGCGCGAAACAAGGGCGGCGGGCGAAGGACUCGCUGUCGAUAACCCUGCCGGAGUCUUCCUUGGGUUCGCCGAAGAAUAAACCAUCGGCGGCGGCGGCGGCGGCGGCGGCGGGAGGAGAAACGACGGACUGGUUGAGCGACCUGAAGAUCGCUUUCGGCGUCUCCACGACGAGCACCACCAGCAAGAACAGGACUUCCAAAGAUAUCAAGGCCGCCACCGGGGACGAAACGGGGGUGGGAGAGGGGGGGGGGGCC